UCCAAGAGAUUCUGUUGGCUUUAUAUGCAAGGAUAAAUUUAUUUUUUGUGGGUAGGACUCAUUGCUUUCUGAAGAAAGAUGGCAUCCAUUCGUGGUCUUGGCCCUAUGAUGCCUGGGCGCCAGCGGGGACGCUCACGCAGCAAACACGCGGACUCACACUCCGAAUUCUCUGAGACGUUCAUCACGAAACCUGGCAACCAGCAGUAUGAGAAUACGUACCGAGUAAAACCGACUGAUGAGAAUAAAUUCCGGGGAUACACCAUUGAGAGAGCUGUGAUGGAGGUGUUGGAGGGACGGUUGGAGAACAUCAAAUAUGACCCAAUCCAAGCGGCCAACCUGACCAAGGAACUGUCAACAUCGAUAAGAAAUAAGUUAAAGGACUUGAACUUCCCGCGGUAUAAGUAUGUGGUGAAUGUUGUUCUUGGUCAGAAUGCGGAGCAGAGUGUCGCCAUUGCUAGUCGAAACCUUUGGGAUCCGGCCGUAGAUAAUUAUGCUGCGGUGACAUAUAAAAAUAAGUUCAUAUUUGCGACAGCAGUUAUGUUUGCUGCAUAUUUCGAAUAAGGAGGUUCAGCUGAGCUGCAGCUAUAUGCCUUGCCCUUUGCAGAAUAUGACAAAAUCGGCGUCCAAAUCCGAUGGACAAUUAACAGCUAGAUAGUGAAGAACUUGACUAUACCGUUUUCAAUUUCCGAAUUUUGAGAAAUUAAUUCUAACUCAGGAACAUCGCGAUAGCCUUAUGUCGUGGUGAAUUGUAUAAGGAUGUAAAAAGCUAUGAACUUGAAAUCGCAAGAAAAAAUAUUACUA